AUGUCUCAUUUUGAUGAGAGUUUCUUCCCAGGGUAUGAGCAACCCCCCGGCACCGGCUCAUACUCUGACCCAGAGGCUGGCUCUGACGGCUUUCGAUCUGAUAAUACUAUAAACUGGGCCAUGAUUUCUGGACUCGGCAACAUCAAUGCUGGCCAAGAAGAACUGGUGACGCCUCAUCAGGAUACCUUCGAGGGCUGUAUGCCUUUGAUCAACACAAUUAUUCCUGCACAGAUGUACAGUGGCGUUCCGCUUGCAAAUGGUAGUGAACAUGGUUCAAGCGUUGCUGGAAACCCGGCAGAUGUUGAUGAUUUCGCUGUGAGCUCGAAUUCCUCAGCGCCAGGAUCGAGCCCUCCAAUUUUUCCUGGUCAUUUCCCUUUUGCGGAAAACUUGGCUGGUGAUACCUCCAACAAUGGUAGCCCCAUUGAUCCAAAUCACUUCGAGGUGCCAGCGUAUCCCCAUCCUGGACUUCCUCACGAAUGGAAUGUGCCUCCAGCCGGUGGAAACUACGACGGUCUCCCCAGAAAUGACUUGGAAGGGCAGUCCACUAAUUUCGACCAAACCAACCAAUUCGUCAGCCAUGAACGGCCGCAGCCCAUUCAUUUCAAUCAAUUCAACCAAUUUACCGGUUAUCAGCAUUCAAAUGUUGCUUACGCCUCCACGGCACCCCCAUCCAUCGCAGCCUGUGACGGAAAUCAAGACUUCCAGCAACAAGAAACAAAGGAGCAACCAGAACCACAGGAGCCACAGGAGCCACCCGUUAGCAAAGCAGGUGUCAGUCCUAUCAAAUUUCCUACCUUCGCUCAGUUGAUGGACCCUGAUAGAUACAAUGUUGACACCGGCACCCGGUUUUCUUCUGUUCACGAAGCUAACGCCGCAAGCCGUAACAAUGAGCCGCCUCCUUAUGAUCCUACCAUUCCUGAAACUGUGAAACAGCAUAGAGCAUUCGUCAAAACCUUGUGCAAUGCAAUGAAGAGCAUUGAGUAUGCAGAGGACAAUCCAGGCAUGAUUAAACCAUUCGCAGAUGGAAAAUACCCAGAUCAGAGAAUUGAGACUGUCUGCUGGAACCUUCUUGAUCUAUGUAUCUCUCGCCACACAUGUGGCCCACUGCUGGCGAUAUUUGGAAUAAAGUCCAAGCAGAGUGGUGAUCUCGCUACCUUCGCGCAGAGAGUCACGAAGGUCAUUGAAUGCCUUGCUACCCAUAAGACUAUUUGCAAGCACCUGCUCGACCCCGUUUACAUUUACCAGUUCUUGGAUGAUCCCGUUGCUGCCCAAAAGCGCGUCAUAGCCAACAAAACUUUGAACAAACGCAAAGGUGCCGUCAUGAAUGCUGGAAAGCAGGCGCUGGGUGACAGUGGCAGACCCAAAUCCGCAGCCAGCAACACCAAAUCCAUUUCGAUUCAGGACCACCUGCUAGAACAACCGGUCGUCGGACCCGCAACGAGCUACAGCACGCCUAUUAAAAACACAGACAGCCAAGAGCGUGCGCUUACCCCUGACGGCCUUCCUCGUACGAUUGGUUCCAUUAGACUGAACUCGUCUCCCGUGCUUGACGAAAAGUCUGCCUCUCCAGUUUCUCAGCGCAUGGUGACAGGAACAUCGUCUUACCACGCCACACCCAACCUCAGACAGACCGUGCAGACUGCUGGACCAAACCACCAGGUUUUCACUCCCAGAUCCAUGCCACACAGCUUUCCAGCCCAGAUGCACGGUCGUCGCAUGACUGCCCCGACAUCUCACCCUAGACCCGAUAUAUCUUUCGCUUCAGCGCCUUCGACCCCAUCCCACGUCCGCAGUGGAUCUGGCAAUAUUUGCAUCACCCCGAAUGGCAUGAUGGGCAACAGCAUUCGCAAUCCUUACAUGGCUCCCGUGACUCCCACCAGACAGUCAAGCAACCGUCGCAAGCGUCCUACCUCUGAAGUGGAUGACCUUGAUGAGUGCCCUUCUCCGGAGAAGAAGCAGCGCUAA